UGUCACAAUGAUAAACGAUGCAAUGGACACGUCUACCUGUGUACACAAUAAGUACCAGUUAAACUUACAUGUUGAAAGUCUCAAGAGAAACCAGGUAAGGUGUUGCCUCUGUCGUCUGAAUAGCUACAGUGCCGAUACCCUGCUGUCGCCUCCCCAACCCUCUCUCGAUGGGCAAAGUCUUAGUCAGGUGAUUAUACACAAACAAGCUCCCUUACUACCGCCCAACACCUCACCUCCUCUGGGUCUCUCAUCUUCAACCAUCUCAACACUCUAUAUAUUGUAUACAGGUAGGCACACCCAAUAAACGUGACAUGACUUAGAGCCUAACAAAAUGUUUGUGUCAUCCUUCUCAUUACUGCUUGUGGUAACAAAGGUGCACAUCUUUGGUGGGGUGUGGAGCCCUUCAUGUGCAACUUAAGCUCUCCGGCGCACAUUUCAAGACCACAGAUCCGAGUUUCCCGACAUGGUGGCGCAAGUGGAAGUCAACUUCUACUUUGACGACCUACUCAUGUCGCUGGACUCAUCAAAUGAAGCAUCAAUGUUAGCGUGUCAGCUUAGAAGACUGUUGGCGUGUGGAGGAUUUCGGUUAACUAAGUGGGCCAGUAAUCACAAAGGAGUGUUGGCUACCAUCCCACCGGAGGAGAGGCAAAAUGCACUGAAGGAAAUUGAUCUGAGGCAAGACAAAUUGCCAAUGGAGCGAGCCCUGGGGGUUAGGUGGCUCCUGGAAGGUGAUCAGCUCGCCAUCAAGGUGCAACCAAACUCAAGGCCAGCGACCAGGAGGGGAGUACUAAGCCUGGUCAGUUCUAUUUAUGACCCACCGGGGUUCGUGGCACCAUUCAUCAUCAGGGUUAUAAUAUUAUUUCAGUGUGAAUGCAGGCUUCGAUUAGGGUGGGAUGAACCUUUGUCGGCUGUUAAUCACACGACCUGGAGCACCUGGCUAGGAGAACUGGCCCACCUAGGGAAAUUAAGCGUACCCAGAUGCCUAAAAACAGCAUGCGCUCAAGAAAUCAUCUCAGCACAGUUGCACACAUUCUGCGAUGCAUCGCAGGUUGCUUACGGUGCAGUGACUUAUCUGAGAAUGGUAGACUCUAGCGGAAGUAUCCAGUGCUCUUUCGUGUACGGACGGGCCAAGCUGGCCCCACUCAAGCAACUGACAAUACCAAGACUGGAACUUUGUGCAGCUGUCUUGGCAGUGAACGCUGAUCGAACGAUUCGCCGAGAAACGACCAUGACCAUACACGAAUCUUAUUUUUGGACGGAUAGCAUGCUAGUUUUGCAGUACACUGCCAAUUCGAGCAGAUGAUUUCAGACGUUUGUAGCCAACAGGAUAGCAGUCAUACAAGAGCUAUUAAGAACUGACCAGUGGAGACAUGUCGGCACAUCGCUGAAUCCAGCAGAUGAUGCAACUAGGGGAUUACCUGUCCUGGACCUGGUUGCAGAAUCUCGGUGGAUACGAGGUGCUGACUUUCUACUCAGUGUUGAAGAACGGUGGCCAAAGGGAAAGGAACUGCCAGCAGUUCUGAACGACUUACUGGAGGUGAAAGGAGAAGUACACCAGAGAUCUGUAGUUGCUCUGGCAGUGAGCGAGCAUUCAAAAUGGUCCCUCGCCAAACUGCGGCUCAGGUACUCAUCAUGGUACCGCUUGGUGAAAGGGGUGGCAUGGAUUAAAAGGUUCAUUUGGUGGCUCGGAUCCAGUAUAAGGACUGCAGACCUGCGCCUCAAACUGAAGAGGCUAAGCACCGAGGAACUACAGUCGGCUGAGCAGACAAUUAUAAGAUUGGUGCAGAAAGAGGCUUAUGAGAAAGAAAUCCAAACUGUCAUAAAGGGUGAGCUGCCGAAGGGCAAUAAGCUAUAUAAACUGGAACCUUACUUGGACGAGCGAACGUUGCUCAGAUCAAAGGGAAGAAUUAAAGGAACCCUUCUUGGGCGAAGUGGCGAGGAGCCAAUCUUGCUGCCUAGAGACCACCACAUCACUGAAAUCAUAGUGCGGGCGAUGCACGAAGAGAGAGCCGGACAUGCUGGACGAGAAUACACGAUGGCGUUUGUGAGGCAAAGGUAUUGGAUUCCCCAGGGCAGACGCUUGCUUGAUAGAAUCAUACGACGCUGUGUAGUGUGCCGACGGAACAAUUGGAGAAGUCGGCAUCAAAAGCAAGCUGACUUACCAAUAGAUCGUGUCACGCCUGGAAAGGCACCAUUUGCUUACACUGGAACGGACUGUUUUGGUCCCUUCAUUAUCAAGGUAGGGAGGAAACAGGUCAAGCGCUGGGGAUGUCUGUUUACAUGUCUAACUAUUAGGGCUGUUCCUCUAGAAGUCUUGGCCUCAUUAGACGCAGAUGCUUUCCUCAAUGCAAUAUCAAGGUUCUCACGACGCAGAGGUACACCAGAGCGUAUUAGGUCAGAUAAUGGGACAAACAUGGUACGGGCAGCCAAAGAGCUCAAAUUGGCUGUGAAAAGUUGGGAGCAAGAUGACAGACUCAGAGGUGCCUUACUGAAAGCAGAUAUUGACUGGGUCUUCAAUCCACCAGCUGCCCCAUACAUGGGGGGAGUAUGGGAAAGGCAGAUUUGCACAGUAAAGAAGGUUCUGCAGGCGAUUAUGGGCUCACAAGUUUUAGACGAUGAAUGUCUGCAAACACUGUUCUGUGAAGUGGAAGCCAUAGUUAACGAGAGGCCAAUCACCCUGGUUCCAAAUACUCCAAAUGAACCAAAGGCUCUCACUCCUGCUGAUCUUUUGCUCUUAAGUUGAAAGGGUAAUCUUCCCUUACGUGGAAGGUCAAUAGGCGAAUCAUACCACAGAAGGUGGAAGUAUGUCCAGUACCUUGCAGAUCAAUUUUGGAAGCGCUGGCUGACGGAGUACCUCCCUCAACUCAGAACUCGACAAGUGCAUUUCAGACCACGGCGCAACUUUGCCCUGGUGACCUAAUCAUUAUAGCAGACGCAAAUAGUCCACGCAACAAAUGGCACCUUGGUCGAGUGAUGGAAGUCAAGGCUGGCGAGGAUGGACUUGUACGACAGGCAGUGGUUAAGACGACGACGUCCACAAUGCUGCGACCUGUGACAAAAUUAUGCUUGUUGUAAGUCUAGUCAUGUUUAUUGGGUGUGCCUGCCCAUAUACAGUACAGUGGGGUAUGCUAUAACGAACGGAUCCUACUACGAAUAUUCCUAUA